CAACCCAUAUUAUCAAACUUUAUGCCAAUUACUUCACUUUCCGCAGUUGAAAUAUUAAAUAAUUCUUGAGAUAGUAACCUUGUGAGUUUCGCUGGUUCAAUUUGUGUCAAAUUUUAAACCGUUUAAACACACCACAAAAUGUCGACUACAACAAGUAACACGUGUUUCACCUCCCUGAAAAAGAGCGUCCCCAUCCUCGCAGUUAUUGACGUGAUUUUGACCAUCAUAUACAUCGUCAUCCUCGUUCUCGCCGUACUAAACUAUUCUCGAGAUAGGCAUGAGAACUUCAGAGACAAUGACCGUGACGAAGAGGUCGCCAUCUGGACGUCCAUCGUUGUCAUAAUCAUCAACUUGUUGGGUGUCUUCUUGUCCCUCCAGCUCUUCUUGGUCGCCGACUCGAAACCUUCCUUCUGUCGGGAUUGGCUGAUCAUCAAAUCCGUGUUCUGCGGUUUGGAAGUGCUACUUCUCAUGGUCAACGCGACCCUGGGGAAAUAUGGGACAGGUCACCUGGUCAUUAACAUCGUCGUCCUUCUCUUCCGCGUCGUCAUGGGUUAUUUCGUCCAUUGCUUAAUCAGAGAGUUCAAAGCUCAAGAGAGGCCGCUAGGGUUUCACGCGUCGUUGGAAAAUGGCAUUGUUUAUGACAACCCGGCAAUGCAACCGGACACUCCGGUCGUCAAUGUGGUCACGUGGGACAAUAGUGAUCAACAAGCUGAGCAAAAUCAAAGCCAGCAUCAAGGGCAAGGAACACAGCAGGAUUACCUGUAAAUAAUAUGACAGAUUUGUUUCGAUUUUAAAUUUUGUUGCUCAGUUCUGUAACAUUAAUGUAAGAUAAGGUAAAGUAUUUAUUAUUACUUUUUUAAAAAGUAGUCUUGAGUGUGAAUAAUUACAUACGCACAAUUUUACGGUUACCAUUGGUAGGUAUUGGUGUUAUGUACCAAUCACGUUGUCCAUGUAUGGUUUCUGGCAUCACGAAAGUCAUCUUUCUUUCUUACUGAUAAAUCUUGGCACUUUUCACCAAUGUAUUUAAAAUAACAUGGACAAUUUUAAUUUAUCAUAUUUAUACAGGCGAAAUAUAUACACAUAUUGACAAUUUACAAGUACAUAUUAUGUACAUAAUAAACAUUUAAAUAUUAGGUAGGUCAAAAUUGCUUAACAAAAACAUCCUCCUUAAUUUUCAAAUACUGUCGACCAAUAUAAAUUAAUUACACAUUACUAAAAAUAUGUAUGUACAAACAAUUUUGUUCAUAACGAAUUAUUGUUUUCUAUGCUUGUUUCGUUUAUUUUAUAAAAAUAAUUAGAUUUGAUUUGUACAAAAAAUUCAAAAUUGCUCAAAAUCCCUAACUAAUUUUCAAUCUAUGAACGAAUAAAAAUCGACACC